AGACAACCCCUCCCAGAGUUCCUGUCCCUUAGAUUGGCUUGCUCCCUGUUUUCAGCCACUUGGCCUGCUUCUUCUAAGUAAGAAUGGCUCUCUCGGAGUCCCUGGGCCUCUGUUUCCUAUCCCGGUUCCCUUCGUUGCCUCUUCACUUUAAACAGUUGGAUGCAAGACUUGGCCUGCCAGGCCUCUGCCUCUCUAGAUCCACUGAGCUAGCUUUCUUGGACUGUCUCUCCACUUCUCUCUGCAUCUCUCCAGCCAGGUCUGUUGUGGUUGUUGUUGUUGUUGUUGUUGUUGUUGUUGUUGUUGAGGAAUGUAGCUCUCAAGCAGAUGAGGCUUAUCACCGUGUAGACAGAUAAGAACCUUGAAUUUCUUCUGACCCUCCCGCAUCACAAAUGCUGGCUGGUCUUCAGGCCUACAUCACUAUGCCUGAUACUUAAUGUGGUCCUGGGAUCAAGCCUAGGCCUUGUGCCCGCUAGACCAGGACUCUGCCAACUGAGCUCUAUCUCCAGCCCUGGUUGCUUUAUAUUUUUGAGAUACCAAGUUGCCCAAAACAGAUUUGAAUUUCUUCUAUAGCACAGGCUGGCCUUGAACUUGCAAUACACUUGCUUCCACUUCCAGGGUAACUUCUCAGACCCAUGCUACUGGGCGAGGCUCUGCCUCACUCUAUCUCUAUGUAUCUCUUUCUCCUAGCCCAUCAAUUCACCCAUCUAUAGAUCUAUCGAUACUUUAUCUCUGCCACACCUGGGGAGCUCUCUCCUUUAGUUUAUUCCCAGCAUUCUCUUCUUCCCUGUCUUCCCACAGACAGACUUUCAAAAGAGCAGGACAGGAGAAGGGAGCCUGGGGGGCGGGGGGAGGUUGGCAACAUGAGCAAAACGAAAAGGCAGAGAGGAUACUGUAGCAGCUGUAAGUUACAGCAUCAGCUGUGUCCGUGGGCAUGGUGCUCACAGUGGGCACAGGGACCAGCUGCAGGGCCCAGCACAUGGCCAGAGUGGUGGGAAGAGCCUGAGAGCCUUGGAGCUAAUAGACCUGCGAAGUGUAGCACAGACAGGGACAAGGUGGCUGUCCCAGGAUGCUGUCCUGGGACACGAAGGACACUAAGUCCUGUUGGUUCCGUUGGCUGAUUUCCUGCUUUUGGGGCUCAUACAGAUAGCCCACUGCUUCUGAGAGCUUGUUCCUCAGUGAGAGCACUGUGCCAAAGGCUUUCAGCUUAACUGUCUUGCUUCAUCGUUAUAACAUUGCUGAGACACGAGUGGUAUUGUUAAGCCCCUUUUCCCAAAUGGAGAAAUUGAGACUCAGAAAGGUGCAGUAACUCAUCCAAAUUCACCAGGCAGGUAAGUGUGGGAGUCAGAGUCAGAACUGGGUUCCCAGCCUCUUUGCACACUUCUUCCCUAGACAAUAAGCAUAGGCUCCAGCAGGCCCAAGCUCCUACUCAACUGGUGCCACCCUCCGGGGCUUCCAUAGGGGACUGUUCUGAUGUUAAACAUGCCAGCCCCAGGCAACCUAGAGAGGACUCCUGAUCUUCUCAGUUCUGUCUUCUGCUCUUGACAUAAGCCUGUGGGAUGGAUACAGUGGUACCAGGUACGAGCUACACCUACUACAACCACAAAUGAGUGGAGAGGGGAACCAGCAUCCUGAACCCUGGGGGCUAAGCCUUUCCUACUGAGUGUGUACAUGUGUGUGCAUGUGGAUGCAGGAGAUGAUCAAACAGGUAAGCACCAAGCUGGCAACAUGGUGGUGCUGGGAGCCUGCAGCCUGGCUGGAGUUACCCUGAUGGUCUUGCUACUCCCCAGAAGUCUGGAGAGCUGUGGGCACAUCAGGAUCUCACCCCCCAUUGUCCACCUGGGAGACCCUGUCCUGGCCUCCUGCACCGUCAGUCCAAACUGCAGCAAACUGAACCAACAGUCAAAGAUCCUAUGGAGACUGCAAGAUGAGCCAAACCAGCCUGGCGACAGACAGCAUCAUCUGCCUGACGGGACCCAGGAGUCCCUCAUCACUCUGCAUCACCUGAACUACACCCAGGCCUUCCUCGUCUGCUUAGUGCCAUGGAACAACAGCUUCCAGGUCCUGGAUCAAGCUGAGCUUCGUGCAGGCUAUCCCCCUGCCAGCCCAUCCAACCUAUCCUGCCUCAUGUACCUCACCACCAACAGCCUGGUCUGCCAGUGGGAGCCAGGCCCCGAGACCCACCUGCCCACCAGGUUCAUCUUAAAGAGCUUCAGGAGCCGUGAAGACUGUCAGCGCCAGGAGGGCACCAUCGUGGACUGUGUGCCGAAGAAGAGGCAUAGCAACUGCUCCAUCCCCCGCAAACACUUGAUCCUGUAUCAGAAUAUGGUCCUCUGGGUGCAAGCAGAGAAUAUGCUAGGGUCCAGCGAGUCCCCAAAGCUGUGCAUUGACCCCAUGGAUGUUGUGAAACUGGAGCCUCCCAUGCUGCAGGCCUUGGACAUUGGCCCUGAUGCAGUCUCUCACCAGCCUUGCUGCCUGUGGCUGAGCUGGAAGCCAUGGAAGCCCAGUGAGUUCAUAAACCAAAAGUGUGAACUCCGCUACCAGCCACAGCUCAAAGGAGCCAACUGGACUCUGGUGUCCCACCUGCCUUCCAGCAACGACCAGUUUGAGCUCUGUGGGCUCCAUCAGGCCCCAGUCUACACCCUACAGAUGCGAUGCAUCCGCUCAUCUCUGCCUGGACUCUGGAGCAGCUGGAGCCCUGGCCUGCAGCUGAGGCCCACCAUUAAGGCCCCCACCAUCAGACUGGACACAUGGUGGCAGAAGAAGCAAGUGGAUCCUGAGACAGUGAGCAUGCAGCUGUUCUGGAAGCCAACACCCCUGCAGGAAGACAGUGGAGAGAUUCAGGGCUACCUGCUCUCCUGGAGUUCCUCAGAUCAGCAAGGGCAGGACAUCUACCUCUGCAACACCACAGAGCUCAGCUGUAUCUUCCACCUGCCCUCGGAGGCCCAGAACGUGACCCUUGUGGCCUACAACAAGGCAGGGACCUCUUCACCUACUCCGGUGGUUUUCCUGGAGAACAAAGGUCCAGCUGUGACCAGACUCCAUGCCAUGGCCCAAGACCGUCAUAGCAUCUGGGUAGACUGGGAAGUCCCCAGCCUUCUGCCCCAGGGAUAUCUCAUUGAGUGGAGCUUGAAUCUACACAGCUAUAAUUACAGCAAUGAGUCCUGGAGGAUAGAAUCCGAUGGAAACGCCACUGGAAUUCUGUUAGAGGACAACAUACUUCCCUCCCAGCUCUACAGAAUCACAGUGGCUCCCCUGUACCCAGGCACGGUGGGAACCCCUGUAAAUGUCUAUACCUACUCUGGAGAGAAAGUCCUUCCUCAUGCUCCAGAGCUCCAUCUAAAGCAUGUUGGCAGGACCUGGGCACAGCUGGAGUGGGUACCUGAGACCCCUUGGCUGGGGAUGAUACCCCUCACCCACUACACCAUCUUCUGGGCCGAUGCUGGGGACCAUGCCUUCUCCAUCACCCUGAACAUCUCCUUCCAUGGCUUUGUCCUGAACCACCUGAAGCCUGCCAGUUUGUAUCAUGUCUACCUCAUGGCCACCAGCCGAGCAGGGUCCACCAACAGCACAGGCCUUACCCUGAUGACCCUGGCACAAGAUUCAUCCGACGUAAAGAUUUACGUGAGCAUAUUUGGCUUCAUAAUUUUGUCCGUUUUCUGUGCACUUGCCUGGUUCUUCUGCAAGUACAGCAGAAAGACUUUCUUCUGGCCAAAUGUGCCAGACCCAGCCCACAGCAGCCUGAGCUCCUGGGUGCCCGCCAUCAUGACAGAGGAAGCCUUCCAGCUGCCCAGCUUCUGGGGCUCCAGCGUGCCGUCAAUCACCAAGAUCACUGAACUGGAGGAAGACAAGAAACCGACCCACUGGGAUUCCAGUGAAAGCUCUGGGACCGGUAGCCUUCCAGCCCUGGUUCAGACCUACGUGCUCCAAGGAGAUCCAAGAGAAAUUUCCAACCAGUUCCAGCCUCCCUCUGGCACUAGUGACCAGGUCCUCUAUGGUCAGGUGCUUGGGAGCCCCACCAGCCCAGAAGUAGUGCGGUACAUUCGCUGUGACUCUACUCAGCCCCUCUUGGGGGGCCCCACACCCAGCCCUAAAUCUUAUGAGAACACCUGGUUCCACUCAAGAGACCAGGAGACCUUUGUGCCCCAACCUCCAAGCCAGGAAGAUGACUGUGUCUUUGGGCCUCCAUUUGAUUUUCCCCUCUUUCAGGGGCUCCAGGUCCAUGGAGUUGAAGAACAAGGGGGUUUCUAGGACUUUGGGGAUCCUUGCAGCUCAAAGGCCCUGGCCUAUUCAGAGAAGAAGAGCCCUCCACUGAAAUCUACUGGCUCUGAGAGAAGCAGAAUGGCCAGUGUCUCUGUCUCUGGCCCCUAGCACCUCUCCUCCACUCUGACCUCAGUCUACACCCCCAGCUCACUCACUGUCACACUCUAAGGUCCAGAUAGAUACUGCUUACAGCCUGCGAGUCACCUUUCAUCUUUCAUAUAAUUUCAGUCCUUUAAACUGAUUGUAGGUUUUGAGUUGGGGCUGGCAUUUUCAGAAAUUCUGGCUGGACGUGGUGGUACAUGCCUAGCAUCCCAACAUCUGGGAGGAAGAUGCAGGAAGACUGCAAGUUCCAGGCCAGCCUGGGCUACAUAGGGAGAUCCUGUUUCAAAAAUUAAGCAAAAGCUAAAUAAAAAAAAAUUUUUUUAUGA